UCCAACAGAUACAAUUUCUUGGGUCUCCAUGUCAAACAGAGAUCCCACUUGUUUGCUCAGGUGAGCAACUGAGGGCCCGUGGCACUACUUAGGACAGAAACAUGAGACUAUUCCUGGUGCUAUGAACAUUACUAAAAAGCAAAAUGUCAGAUCACGUUCACAUUGCCUUUGUGAGGUUUGCAAACAGAUUACUCCAUUUCCUGUAUCAUAACAACACACUUAAAAAGUAUUUAGAAUUUAAGAGAUUCUACAGAUUCUGUAAUAACACAUACAAAAUCAUUGCUUCAGGUUCUCAGGCAGGUCAGAACUUCCCAUACAUGCUGCCUGAUCUGCUGUGUUUCUCCAGCAUUUUGUAUCUGUUACUCAAAAAAAAUUAUUUUAUUAUCUUUACAAGGCUUUGGAACAUCUGUGCUUUGUUGCACGGUUGUUCGGGUUUCUGUUUCUUGCACUGGAAGGGACUCCAGUCCGUGUUUUCUCUCCGGCCCGCCCCCCUCCUCCCGGCGUGUUAUGACUCCUCUCUAACUGGAGACACACGGCGCUCAGCAAGCCGCCGAUCCGAGGCUGUGCCCGGUGGCCUUCAUUCACAGACUCCCUCGGACCGAACCCGGCGCCUGCGGCUAUCCUUCACCCCACCCUGCGACAUGCAGGCAGUCUUGUUGCCCUCUGACAGCGAAGGCGACGACACCGGCGCCCGAGCGCUGCUGGCUCUCAAAUCGGCUCCUUGCAGCCCGAGCCGGCUAAGCGGUCAACUCAAGGCCGGCGUCGUGUGCUGGGAGCUGGGCCUUGACCCGCAGGCCCCGCCCGACGCCGCUAUCGCCAAACUCGAGGGCCGUGAUUUUGAGUAUCUGAUGCGGCAGCAGUCAGUGACCAUCGGCCGCAACUCUAGCCAGGGUCCCGUGGACGUGAAUAUGGGCCACUCGAGCUUUAUCUCCCGCCGCCACCUGCAGAUCACCUUCCAGGAGCCGCACUUUUAUCUGAAGUGUCUCGGCAAGAACGGUGUCUUCGUGGACGGUGCAUUCCAGAGGAGAGGGGCGCCGCCGUUAUUGUUGCCCCGACAGUGUAUGUUUCGCUUCCCCAGCACUGUGAUAAAGAUUACUUUUACAUCGCUUUAUAGCAAAGAAGAGGUCAAAGAAGAACAGCCUGUAUCUCCUAUCCGUCCGUUCUGCCCACAGAUCUCACCACUCAAGAUUAACAUUCCUGAUCCAAACAUUGACUUGGUCAGCCCUAUCCCAUCACCCACUGGCACCAUCAGUGUUCCCAAUUCCUGUCCUGUGAGCCCUCGCGGUGCUGGCUCCUCUGGAUACCGUUUUGGUCGCAACAUCACAAGAGACCUACAGCUAGCUGCAGCAUUUGCUGAAAAGGCAGCGUCCGAGCAGCAGGCCGAAACAUCUGGCGGAGAUAGCCCUAAGGAUGAUUCAAAGCCCCCCUACUCCUACGCACAGCUGAUUGUGCAAGCCAUAUCAUCUGCUCAAGAUAAACAAUUAACACUAAGCGGCAUCUAUGCACACAUCACAAAGCAUUACCCUUACUACAGGACAGCUGACAAAGGAUGGCAGAAUUCAAUUCGGCACAACCUUUCUUUAAAUCGGUACUUUAUCAAAGUACCACGGUCACAGGAAGAACCCGGCAAAGGGUCGUUUUGGAGAAUUGACCCAUCAUCAGAGAUAAAAUUAGUGGAGCAGGCAUUCCGAAAACGCAGGCAGAGAGGAGUCUCUUGUUUUAGGACGCCUUUUGGACCCAUCUCAUCCAGGAGUGCCCCUGCAUCUCCUAGCCAUCCAGGACUUCUUUCUCCUCAUUCAAGUGGGUUGCAGACACCUGAAUGCUUGUCUCGUGAAGGGUCGCCUGUCUCACAUGACCAUGAUUUCACAAGUUCCAAACUGGCAUCAGUGCCAGAGGUUCGUUACUCUCAAAGUGCACCAGGUUCCCCAGUUAGUGGUCAGCCCGUUAUAAUGGCAGUUCCCCCCCAGCCACCUGGUGUUGUAACAAAAUCUGUGGCCUAUAUGCCUGCUUCUCUAAUAACUUCCCAACAAUCUUCUGGACAUGCCAUUCACGUACUUCAGCAGGCUCCUACUGUAACCAUGGUGAGAGUGGUAACAACGUCAGCUAACUCCUCAAAUGGCUAUAUUCUAACCAGUCAGAGCCAUGUUGGAAGUGGACAGAUUAGACAAGAUGGUUCCAAUGACCAGAAAGGAGUCCUAGAUGACAAAUCCCUUAUGACUUUUACUAAUGUACCUUCUGGCAGUCGGGUCAUUCAGACAGUUAGCAGCCAGAUGUCACAACCUGUACCUGGACAGAUGGUCACCAUCUUGCAACAAGCACCAGCAGCUUCCAUGGGGCAGCAUCAACUUCCAGUAAAAACAGUAACUCAAAAUGGCAAACAUGCUGUUCCUGUGACAAGCCUUCAAGGAAAUACUUACACCAUUACUAAUCCACUACAGAUCCUGGCUACACAGGCGACAUCUUCCUCACCUGUAGUUGUGAGCAAGCAACUUGUCACAGAACUGCAGCAUUCAGCUUCAUCUGUAGGUGAGCCUGAGGCCAAGCGACCUAAGAUGGAAGAGUCAGCUGGAUCAGGCUCUGGUCUUGCUGUGAUCACCUCAAGUCCACAGAUACAGGGUACCAGUGAAUAAAACAAACCUGAAUCAAGAAACAGGUUACAUCGGCAAGGAUGUUCUUGGUUGUUCCACAGGAAAAAAACAGAAUUCCAAGGUGCCAAACUCAUGGGAGAGAGGGGGAAAAUAAUGAGCCUGUCUUGAACUGAAGCUCAUGUUUUAAAUGAGGAAACAAGAUAACUGAUUGUAGGAUUAAGAGUGGCUGAGAUGGAGAGUACAUCCAUUUCCAUAAUUCUGGCUUUGUUGUUACUUUACAAGCCUUAAUUUGAAAGAAAAUGUUCUGCAGAAUUAGUGGGAGGGAAGCAGAUGACUUGAGUUCCUCAGUACAGCAGUGGGAUAUUGCCAAGCACAUAACUUGGUGAUACGGAAAUAGGACUCUGUAAUUGUGCUGACAUAAGUACAUAAUUACUACAAACCUUAUGAGUACUGCUGAAUUGCCAUUUACAUGUGCACGUGGUCUUUCCAAAAAAAUUGAAGUCGAACAUUGCAGCGCCAGGUUAUUGUGAAGACAUUUUGUGCUCUCACCUGGUGCCACAAAGUUCAGCUUGUUUGUUCUGCUUGCAUUGCACUUUGCAAAACUGCAUCCUUGGUGUGGCUCACUUGGUGAAGACCACAACCAUUCUAACCAAGAAACUAGUUGUUUGGGGGAACAGAUGCGGUGGUUCUCUUUGACUGAAAUUUAUCUUUAAGUGGGUAACUCCUACUAUUGUUAAAGCCUACAAUUUUGAAGGGCAGGGUAUCAGGUGAUCCUGGUUCCUUACACUUCAUGUCAUUAACACAAAGAUAAUUAUCUCCUCUUGAGUUGUCAAACCACAUUAUUACCCCACAGUGAAGUUAUCUUAAGUGCUCGUUUGCCCAAAACUCUGAAAUAGAAACUUGCUUCAUAAAUUACUUUCUCAAACUUGCAAUGGUGUGUGAAAAUAUUUCAAACUAUAUAGUGCCCCACUAAUGACUAGCAAAGCAAAAUCUUAAUUGUUGAAGUAAUUUAGUGAGUUGUAAAAUCGGUGCUGUAAUUGGGAUCAUUGAGAAUGGGCAUUUAAUCAGCCAUGGACAUCUGAAUAUUUUAAUGAAGUUAGCAACAUCUGCUGAAACUGACAAGAUAUGUAGGAGUGAUUGGGUUUUUUAAAAUGUCACAUCAAAUUAUAGCAGAUAGAUUCAAGCUAUUUAUAUUGUUCAGUUAAUUUUGGAUUUAUUCCCUGUAUUAAAUCUAAUGAACCACCUGUAAUUGAUCCAGAUUGUUUAUGGAAUUGGCCUCUUAAUUGCAUCAUUGUGUGUAAAACAAACAAAAUUAUUACUCUACUCUGUAAAAAUAAGACGUGCAAAUACCUUAAGAUAUGAAAUUGGUGCAACAAAUUAAUUUGGGCCUAAUUGAUCACAGUAUAGUCUGCUUUUUGAGAAUAUUAUUUGUGUACCAUAUCAGAAACAUUAAUGGUGUGGCAUAACUUGUACAAGAUUAUCAAUUGGCCUAAGCUAGUGAAUUGUAUUUUCCUACUAAAUUUCUAAUAUACUCUUUUCUAAAGGUUGCAUUUCAAAAAAGAAAUCGAUUUUGUUUUUUACUUUAUGCAUCACAACCAGUAUGUAUUUUGUGCUGCUUCUUGACCACAUCUAGGGCAAAUUUGUAGGUAUUAGCAAUAUUGCCUGGAAAAGAAUAAUAAGUGUAAGUACUGUAUAUAUACUUUGAGAUGUCCAAGACUUAUGCGGUAACAAGGCUUAAAUAAUAAUUCAUUCUUUGGGCAGACUGGAGUAACAUUGAGAUUAGUGGAGAUAUGUACCCUACCAUCCCUUUAUGAAACUGCAUAAACAAAGGCGUGAAGCUACAUUUUAUAUAUUAAAAAAUAAGUUUUCUAAAAAUUUUAUAAACUAGUCUUUUGUCAAUUUUGAAGAAUAAUCUAAAACCAAAUUGGCUUGGCUUUCAUCUUCUUCAUUAGGCAGUCAAUCUGGCAUCAAGGUUGACUUAGUUCUACUCUGGUUUUGUGGGUUUUGAGAUGGCUAAUGAGGUCAAUGAGAGAACCACAGAUUUGUUCUACAAAUAGGGCAUAAUGUGCAUAUGGGGUGGACAGGUAUGUAGUUGCGAGACGGUAUAUGUCUUUCUGAUCUUUUGCAGUACAUUUGUGUUCAUCCAAUUUAUGGUUUAUGGUUCUUGGAGCCAUCCUAACAGUUUCUGCACUUUGAGUGAUCGUGAGCUUGGGAUUUCUUCGUGGGGAUUUAUUUCUUCAAGGAGGCUUUUUUCCCCUGUCUUUGUGUGAUAAUCACUUCUCAUCUGCUCCAUUAAUAAAGGACAUGAAAGCAUGUAAACAAAUUUGAUAGCACUUUACAUGCUCACAAUUAAAGUGAUUAACUUUGGCCAGAAGCUUGUAUAAUGAGAAAAAAAUGUGGGGUUUAUGCAAAGAGUGGCAUUGCAGGGCCUCUGUGGUGUUGCAGUAUUUUAACAGCGCAUUAUGGUGGAUACAGUGGAACUCCUUUACACAAAGUGUAUUACCUCGUUUCAGAAAUGACCCUUAAGAAUUGAGAACCUCUUGUGGAUUUGUGAACAGAUGUACAUAGAGGUUUGCCUUGCCUUGUUUUAAUAGUUUUCCUCUGUAAAUAUGAUCUGAUGAAUUUGAAAUGAAUACUGGACCUUUAUGCAAGGAAUUUUCCUCUUUCAAUCUGAAAACUCUUCAUCCCCACAGUUGGAGAUGUGAAAAAUAUAAGUGAAGUUUGUAUUCUUCCAAGCCUUUGUUUUCCUCAUUUGGUGUAUCCCUGGUGGUUAUAACAAGCAUUUCUAUUCUCUUGAGUUGCAAUUCCGCAGCCCCCUCUUUCAACCCUUUAAAUUCUGGAAUUCCAAUCUUAAUCUUCUGGUCCUAAUUUUAGUAAUAAUGUAAAGAUAUUUCAGAACAUUGAAUUGAAAAGAUAUGGUUAGAAAAUGGUUGGAUUUGUAUUUAAAUAUUCAAUGUGAUUUUUAUAUCUAGGAUUCCUUAAUGUCAGAAUGCAAAAUCAAAAUUGUUAAAUGGGGCAGUUAUUGCCUAUUUUUAUUUAAAACUCCUUCUGUUAUAUAGCACUGCAGAUUAAUUUUUAAAAAUUGAUAUGGGUAAUUAAAAUUAUCAGAAAGAAAAUGCCAUGUCUGCUUAAAAGGUUACAAAGCAAAGCUGUUAAGUGAAAUAUAUUUUUCGCGAUGUCUAUUUUUCGUCAUUCACAAGAAUGCAGCCCCCAUACAAUAGAAGAGCUCUGAUCUUGUUUUUUACCCAUCUUGAUGUGCAGCACUUCAAAGAUUUCACCUUCCAGUAAAUUAAUUUUCUUGCACUUGCACCCUCCUUUCCUAGAUUACCCAUUUUGACCUUUCACUUCUCACCUGCCUAUUACUUCCCCUUGGGUCCCCUUCUCCUUCCCUUUGUCCUCUGGUCCAUUCUGCUCUCCAACCCUUGAGCUUUCCCACCCACCUGGUUUCACUUACCAUUUUCCAGCUAGUCUCCUUCCCCUCUCCCCAACUUUUUUUUUAUCCGGGCAUGUUCCUCCUUUCAGUCUUGAAGAAGAGUCUUCAAUCCAAAAUAUCAACUAUUAGUAAUUUCUAUAGAUGCUGCUUGACCUGCUGAGUUUCUUCAACAUUUUGUGUGUGUUGCUUUAGAUUAUUCUUGUUAUUCUGACUCAACAUCAUGUUUAUCUCACAGUCAAUUCAAGUAAUAAUGUUUAUAUUCCAAAUUAUGUUAGGAAAAGUUAGGAAAAGUGGCCUGUUCACAUCUUCUGUGGUAAGACAAAGACUGACUACAAUUAGAUCUGAUGAAAUUGCUUUUUUUUUGGUUUUCUUAUUGCAACACUAUGCUGCUUUUAUAUUUCUAAGCCCCGCUCAUAACAUGGCGAUUAUUUCAUAUUGUUAAAUCUUAAAAUAAUCAAUGGUCUGAGCUCAACAGCACUAUUAUUGCAGAACAAUAUUACUGUUGUCAGUAAAUUAUUCCACGUUGCUUGAAAUUCAGUUCAACCAGGUCCAAUGUCUAUUUUUAAGUGUAUUUUAAAACUUGAAUAUGUGUAACUGCAGCAGGAUUUAUCUGGAAAUUUAGGUCACAAAUUUACAUUAAGUGUAAUAAAGACAUCUAAUAAUAGUGCUGCCAAGGUAAGUCCCAAAAUUCUUGAAUUGUUAAUGCACCUCAAAGAGUAGAGGGUAGAGAAGAAAAAAGAAUGACAUUUUCUGAAACUUGGCAUGUUGAAAAUAAUUUAAAAACUAUUCCAUUUUAUUAUAUGAAUUAUAAAAUCUAGGUUUGACACUUUAAUUGUUUGAAUAUAUUUGUUUGGAACAGUUUGCAGGUAAAAUGUAGGUAUCUAGUUCAGUGUUCUUUAUAGCAGUUCAUUUAAUGUGGGAUGACUCCUACAGAUUUUAGGAUGAACUGUGAAAGGAAAAGAUCAGGGUAUUGCUCCCUUCCCUUUAUGAAGAGAUUGUGUCCUAUUACAAUCAUUCAUUAAUUGGUUAUAUUUUAUACAAUAUUUAAACAUUACCUAAAAGAUAUGCACAAUAUAAGAGAAAUAGAGUUAACAAAGGUGUUGGUGCCUUUAAUGCAGAAUGGUAGGAACAUUUCUAAUUUAGAAUUCUGACAGUUGCUGUUCUUCCAGGAAGAUUAAUUUGUCUUUGCUACUAAAACCAUCAGAUAAUGCCAAAUCCCAGCCAUACAUCAGUUCCAGGAUACCUUUGUGGUGACAGUGCUACUAUCUAGACUUUUAACAUCUGGUGAGGUAUGGCAGUAAAGAUUUCCUGGGUUAAAACUCCUUGGCUCUUGGUAUGUUUGGUCCUACCAGGUUUAUUCCUGACUUGGAAGUGGGGAGUGCUGAAGUCCUUUGAAGAUGACGGGGAAGGAAUAAUUGGAGUUUAAUUUUGAAUUCUCUAAUAUUGAAUGUUAGCUAUCAAUACAAGAUUAUUCAUAUCUUUAUUACUGCAGUGCACUUCCAUGUUAUCUUUCUGAGAUUUUUGGCUUUGGUAGGGGCCUCUCUAGAUCUCAGUAUCCCUAGAACUGGACAGGUCAGCAACCACCCUUUACUCCCAUCACAUAGGUGCCCUGUGAAUUUCUUUAGUGGAGCCAGUUACAAAGAUUAUCGCCAGCUGCAUCAUCUCUUUUUUCUUGUCCUUUGUGGAUUUUUUAGGUCAUUAUGUCAAAAUGAGCUUGAAAUCUAUUAAUUGAUCUGAAUUUUAAAUGGUUGCAAAAUUCUGGCAGGUAUCAUUUAAAUAUUAACCAAAUUUUCUUCAUAUUUUUGAAAUGAAGUUUGAAAUACUGACUUUUUUUUGGAAAGUUCUGUACUCUUUGCUAUUGUAACACAUUCCAGGAACUGUGUGCAGUAGGGAGAUUGGAAAUGGACCUAUUGUGCUUUUUAUAGAGCUUGUUAAUGGUUCUCUAUUAUAACUAAACAUAGCAGAUCAUGCAAUGAUCUUGAAUUAGUAAAAAAUAUUGACAAUAGGAAGCAUAGGGAAGUAUAUGUGGUUUAUCCUAGGGCAAAGUUGCGAGCUUUGAAUAAUGAUUUUGCUCUUAGUCUUUUAUGCUUUAUCUCAUCAAGCACUGACUCAGUUUAGCAAGGGCGUUGUGUAAUACUUCAUUUUCAUACUGAUGGUUGUUAUUACCUAGUAUCUGGUGGGAUAAAAUUGCCAUAGCAUAUGUGUUUUUCAGUCAAGUACUUCGGGCAAUACAUCAUGCUUCUGUACAUUUAUGUUCACUGGUACUGAGUCUAGUCACAGUAUAUCGGCAGCAAGCACACUAGCAGAAGGCUUUAAUUCCAUUACCAUGGUAUGAAAUAUCUCAGAAUACCUUAUGUCAAGGAAAAACAAAAGCUUAAUGAGAUUGAGGGAAUUAUUGAAAUCUGUCUUUGUAAAUAUUGCGCAAGUUCUCAAAUUACAAUAAAAUUUGAUGUAAUGAGAAAGAUAGAAAAAGUGAUUUGGCAUGGUUGGACUAGCUGAAUUUCUAGACUAUUGAACAUUACUCCUAAUAAUAUCCAAGCACAUUUAUAUAUUUUUUAUUACAUAUUGUACAGUAGUGUAGUAAAUUUUCUGGUGAGCAUAAAGGGAGCUGGAAAGAUACUAGCACUCUGAACACCAAUUCCAGCCAUAAAACUACCCAAGUUCCUGAUCACUAGCAUUCAAGAUCUUGGCCCUGGCCAUGCUGUUGAUCCUGGGCUCUGGCCAAUCAGAGUGCUGCAUUUUGCACUGCCGGUUGAUGACUAAUUAGUCAGCCAGACCCUGGAGUAUCAGUAUUUCUAAACAAGUGAAUGCUGAGUUUGUAUCAAGUAGGAGAGAGAAAUGGUACUUUUCCCCUCAUCCUGACACCUAGGCACAUUUACUUUUUAGAGGAGAAAUCUGGAAAUGAAGACACAAGCUGUAUUAACAAGUAUGGUGGAUAUCUCCACAAACUUGGUUCUUCAAGUUUUGUUGGAGAAUAGCUCUUCAAAUUAGUUUGAAAAGCAAAACAAAAUAUUGAAAAUUGGAACAGCAGCUACAUUUAGUUGCAUUGGAAUGAGCGCGUUUGUAAACCAUGUUCAAACCUGAUAAAAGCAAUUUCUUUCUGUAGGAAUAUUCUAACAAUUUUUAAAUAAUUUUGAAUAUUAAUCAUUAAUGAAAGCUUUAUGUGUGUGUAUGUGUAUAUAUAUUAUGCAUACGCACACACUAUACACACACACACACACACACACACACACACACAAAAUCCAAUGGAAUUGUGUAUUUAACACUUUACCCCUUUUAACAGUUGUUGGAUGGGGGUUUUUCUGAAAUGAUGUCUUGCAGAGCAAAAUACUUGGCUUGUCAGAAAGACAAUUUUUUAAAGAGAUUCAACACAUUAACAGGCCCUUCCGGCCCAGUGGACCCAUGCCACCCAAUUAUGUCCAUUAAAUUGACCAUUUCAUCAAGCCUUUCAAUGAAAUGAGAAAGUAACAUUCUCAGUCGAGACUAUUUGCUUUAUUAUGCAUAUAUGAGGCAAAAAGCAAAAAUAAAGUCGAUAAUAUUUGAACUUUUUCUACAUUUGAUGUUUAAAUUAAUAGUGUAGGUUUAAAUUUUGGUAUGAACUCAACAAUCAAAAUGGCAUUUGUGCAAAAUAACUUGUGCUGAUUCUUUGAUUUAAUGUAACAUAAUUUUUGGAUCAUGUCAUUUAAUUGUAGCACAUAAAUACUAAUUUUUCAAAAAUGCUAGGUAACAGAGAUUGCUAUCCAAAGGAGUCCUGAAGCAGCCUACACCAAAUUGGUUAAAAAUUACCUGCUGGACAGUUAUUGUUAUAUGGUCACUUAAUAGGUUAAUUAAAUAUGUUUUCAUCUAAACUAUUUUGCUCACUGUGUGGGUCACCAUGGAGCAUUUAAUAUUGUACCGUAAAUGUGGAUUGUGUAUAUAUAAAAAAAACUUUGAAGAAUCUUUGAUAGUAUUUUUCUUUAAAAAAUCCAAAAUUAAGGUGUUUUCAUUUCAUUUCUAAAGGACAGUAAUAUAACGUAACUGUUUCACUUUAUAAUAUAUAGUUAUUCAUUGGUCUGUAAAAUGGAUGCGUAACUCCAAAAAUGCACCUUUUCCAUGACAGUCAAAAACAUUAUUCUCACAACUUUAAUACACAUUUUCCCCAUAGAUAUUAAAAGCAGAAACUUGUAUAAAAAUACUUUAAAGGGAAGCGCAACAACUUAUGAUGCAAAACCUGUUAAAUCUGAUCGUUUUUUAAAUGGCCCUAGGGGCAUGGAAUAUCUUUUUUCCAAUCACUGCUGCAAAAUCUGGUUACAUAAUUGGAUUAGAUUUGAAUAAGUUAAGGUAAAAAAAAGGUAACUGAGUCCUUUUUUGAUUGCUCGCGAUUCUGCUGAUUGCAUUACAGCUACUUUUACUUUUAAUACAUUUCUAAUUAGCUACAUGGAUUUUUAAAACAAUACAAGUUAUAGACAAAGAUGGACAGUUUUGAAGGUCGGACACCUCAGUUGAGUAUUCAGGUGAAGUUUAUUGUCACUGCCUAUACGUUUGUGGGAUUGAAUGUAAAGAAAUAUUUACAAUUUCAGGAGAGAUUCAAAUUGCAUUAAUUUUGUUGUAACUGACUGCUACUUCAGAGGAUCUUUUUAGUAAGUUGCCACAUGACAUUGUGGUAGAAAUUGUAGAUGUUAUGAACCAAUGAAGAUGAAUAUGAUCCUAGAUGUAGGUAUACUGUGUGUAUAAAUAAAUAAACAAACAAACAAACAGAUAAGUAAAAUAAAAAUGAAUAUUUUGACAUAGGACAAGAUACUUCUCCUCCUCCCCCCUGCUCCACAACUCCUGAUACUCCAUCCCACCACCACUCAUGCUAACUUGUAUUCAAAUCCAUUCUCAAUCUUUUUUUUUCAAAAUUCAAAUUGUUUGUUUGAGCUCAUGGAACUUAAUUUGAAAACAUCCUGAAGACUAAAACGGAGAACUAAUUAUUUUCUUCACAUGAUUUGUGUCUGUUUGUGACCCACAUCUGUUAUAUGUAUUCAAGCACGCACUUCAUUACACAAAAAAAGUUCUUUGGGUUGUGGUUUAAGUUGUAAAGAAAAACAAUGGCAUCAUGCAGAAUCACCCAUGUGCAUUACUACUUCAUCUUGUGUACACUACUCCUGUACCAACAAAUAACCACAUGCACUAUCUACCUCCCAAAUAAAAAUUUCUCACCUAGUACCUUAGUCUUUCACCUGCCAAGGAGGCAGUUGAGUGAACUACUCUGCGGUUAUGCAUCAACAGGUUUCACCUCCCUAAUGCUUUCUAAUAACAAGUAAAUUCAGGCAGAGUAGACCUUCUCAUGGCUUAAGCUUGGAUUAAGAAUUGUGACUUCUUGCUUUGGUUUUUUGCCGCAAUUCCUUCCUGAAAAUUAUUGCUGUAUUUGUCUGGUUUUCUUGGUUGUCUUUAGAAUCCCCUGGUAGUUUAUUCUUCCCUCCUUACAUCUCCACAUUAUCCAAAUAGUAACAACGCAUCUCAUGUUAUUUAAAGACAGCAGUGAGUGAUCGGUUGAAAGCUAAUGGUAAAGCUCAAUCAGAAUGAAAAAGGCAAAAUGCAUCUUGGAAAUGUGCAAUACUUAAAACAUUUAGGAGGUAGAAAAAGAAAUACUCAUUCGGAUAUAACUGUUGUAGCUUUCUUACCAAAAAUGCCUAACCAUGAUGAAUUGUUUCUAUUUAGAAGCUGAUAUGAAGAAUGGUAAUUAAAAUAGUAUACAAAAUGCUGGAAAUGCAGUAUCAUUUACAGUUUCAUUAUUGAUUUCCAGCAUCUGCAGAAUUUUGUUUUACCGUGCUGAUUAAAAUACUUUUGCAGGUUUUAAACUGUGCUGAAGGUUAGGUUUUUAUAUAUAACAAUAUGGGAUAAGUUACAGAUAAUAACUGCAAAACAGAUUUCUUCUCAUUAACCCAGUAGAACAGUUAUGUAUUAAUCUCAUUGUAAACUACUCAAUUUACUUUAAUAAGUACUUUCCUAUCCAAUUUUCAUAUGAUGUGUUUUUCCUAACUUUAUCUCACUGAAUGUUUCAGUGGUUUCAUAUCUAAUCAGCAAGACUUUAAUGCAUUUCCUUUAUUUUCAAGCUAAGAUUCUCAAUCUUCUAAAUUGGAAUGAUGGAACAGAGCACUAUUUAUGUUUAUUCCAUUUUUGUGAUGCCACACAAAAGAAUAGUGACUGACCUGUUGAAGAUUAGGUCAGUUUCAAUAUAGUUGCUGCAAGUAGUUGAUUUAAAAGCAAGCACAACCAUGUUUGUGGCGUGCCUUUUGUCAAAACGAAUAGCUAUAGGAGAAGGAUGCUUCCAUAUACCUCCAUGUCCAGAUUAUUCAGAAUAUCAGCAUAAGUUUGAACCUAGCAUCCCAUUUUAAAUAUAACAUUUAUCAGUAUUGCAUUGUUCUGUAAUAAAAUCAAAAUCCAUUACAGUUUCUCAUUGGGCCUGUUGGAAUCCAAUUAUAAUUGCAACAUCAAGUGCUCCCAGUGACUUUAAUAGAAGAAUGAAUUCCUCAGAAUGACACUGAAUCAUCAGCAAGCCCUUUUCCAGUCAUUUAGACUAUCUGUUGUAGCAAGUGGUAACUGGAUCAGGUUCUGCUGUGAUGUUCCACAUCAUAAAAGUAACUCAACAGUGAUUGUUGUUGCAGCAUGCAUAAAGUAUGGCCACUGGAGAGUAGCCUAGUCCUGUGGAUCCAUAUCAGGAGAGGAGCAGAAAGUAAUAUCAGUAAAGCAACCUAAACGUGUUUUGAUUAUUUGGACUAAAAACAGUAAUGUAACUUUGAAUCCAGUUUUUGCAUGCUGUACAUAAUAGUCAAGGAAUUCCUCUGCAUUGUGUAAUGAUAUUACACAGCUGAAUAGAGUGAUUAAUGUCUAAAACUUUUAAAGCCUCAAAAAGAUGUAUAUGUUCUGCGGCAAUAUUUGAUGAGAGGAGGUGGAAUGUCUGAAUUUCAUACUUUGAAUAAUCAUUUUGGAUCUUGUUUCAUGCUCUGAAGUUAUUUUGAUAAUAUCCCAGUGUUUAUAACAAUGCAGUAUGUACAAAGCAGAUGCACACUCAAUGGUAGAUUUAGUUUUGAGGAAAUAACUAAGCAAUCACAAGAUAAUUGGAUUGAAGGAGCAUAAUAUCAAAUUUGUGUGAAAUUGAGAAAUUAAGUAACAAGAUUCUUUGCUGUUUUGUAAAAUUAUUGGGUUCUAGAGAUUUCUUAUUUGUUUAGGGUAUGUCCAAAGAAGAAGUUCAGAACACUGCUUCUCUUUUCCCUUCAAUUAUUGAGGAAGCAUAUUCCCAAUUAUGCAUUUAUAUCAAGGGCCUGUGCAAGAAAUUCAUGAAAUAUAUUUUAUCUUUUACAAUCUGAAUAUAUGAACUGCUUUAGAUCUUUACUGUCUUCUCUGCAGCCUCUUCUUAAAGAGAUGAGGAAUUUCAUUUUGAUGUCGGUAGCCAGUAGCACUGACUUUUUUUGUGGCACCUCAACUUGCGGCACUGUGGAAUUGAAUGCAAAAAAAAGCAUUAAUAACAGACAACAAGCACCUGCUCGUGGAUGGUCCGUGCUUAAGAGGCACUACUGAGUGUCAAAAGAUCCCACUGAGGCAGUUUGGCACUUAUUCUUCAGCAAUGGAACCAAGUUUGAAUUUAGUAUACAAUGGAUCUAUGAACAUGACAAGUAAAAACUGUUUUUAAAACAAGAAAUUUCUGUGGAUAUAUUUACAUUUUAUUCUGGAUGUAUGUUUAGUAAGGCUUAAAGAGAGAGGAGUCAUUCUGCUUUUAUUAACAGCAAUCUGAAUGUGAUUUUAAUGUAAAUGAGGGAUGUUAAUGACGGGCUAAGUUUGAAAGUUUUUUUUAUUUUAAGAAAAGGCACUGUUUUUUGUGUUUCCUAUGAUUAUUAUGUUUCUGUUUAUGGUUAUUCACAAUAUCAAAAAUGGCUGCAAGGCUGGAGGGGAAGUUCACUGAUAUUCUUCAGCAUUGGUUUUUAAUGACCAUUAAGAAUAUGUAUUAAAGAGUAAUCUUUACAUGCC